AUGUUCCAGAAUACACUCAGCUUCCUUCUUCAGUUCUUCUUCUUCGCUUUGGCGUUUGCUCAACCUAUUGAGACCGCUGGACAUGGCAAUGCGUGGAAAUACGGUUCCGGUGGAGGGGUUGUGGGAUUCAUUGUUUUGAUUCUCGAUAUCAUCGUCUUCAUUGAGGUCCUUAAAUCUAAUCGCCCUCCCUCCCACAAACUCCUUUGGUGCUUGGUCGUAUUCCUCUUCCCUAUUCUCGGAUUGGUAAUCUAUUGGUUGUUUUCCAACAGACAAGAACACAACUCCGGAAGUGGUUCAUACGAAGCUAUCCCAUAA